UCCCUCCGCCUUUGGGAUGGAGCAAAGCCUAGCCUUGGGGCCAGCCAGUCUUCGGUGGCUGCUGUCCCGCGCCUUUACUCAGCAGUAGCAGUCUCGCGGUGUGUGUGUGUGUAGUGUCAGGAGGAUGGGGAAAGAAUGCUGGGAGAGCUUUCCUGCCCAAUCUGACUGCCUGCUGGGGCUGAGAAACAAAUGUUAAUAUUAGAGCGUGUUGCAGCAGUGGAGGGAGGUGGGCUUGAUCGAGUCUUGCCUUUUCUUCAUCGAGCUCGACGUUGGCCAUCCGUCGUCUUCUGGUCGUCCUUGCUCCUUGACCAGCGAAUUUCAACACCCACAUCAUCCACCUCCCUCCCCACCCACCUCCUCACCCACCUCCACUGCUUUCCUCAUGUCUGUCCUGCAAAGGGCCGACCCGGCCAAGCUGCGCGAGGCGCUCGAGGCCAUUGUGACCGAGGCGCACACGACGGCCACCGAAGAGGCCAAGAAGGGUCGCAUUGAGCCCAAGCGCGGAAAGGCGACGAUUCCCCUGCCUGGAAUCGACGUGCCCUUCCACUCCUCUGUCCUCCGGGGUGGUGUCUCUGAGUUCCGCUCCUACCUCUCGAAGCGUGUGGGCGCCAUCAAGCCUCGCACGCUCGUGGGCAAAUACAUUCCCAAUCUCGUCGCCAGGCCCUUUGAGCUCACGAGGGAAUACACCGAGCUCGUCUAUGAGGCUACGCGCGGAGGCAGCACCCGACUGGCCAAGAUUCUCAAGAACUGGGAAAAGGAUGGCUGGGCUACGAGCGAACGGGAGCAGGAGCUCUGCCGGGCGCUCCUCAUCGAGCUCCUUGCCUUUCAAUUUGCCAGCUGCGUGCGCUGGAUCGAGACCCAGGACGUCUUCUUCGAGGAGCCCUAUGCAUUUGAACGCCUAGUCGAGUUUGGACCGAGCCCCACGCUCGUCGGCAUGGCCUCGCGCACCCACAAGAUCCGCUAUGCAGGAAAGGACCAAGCGCAGGGCAAACGCAGAGUCAUGCUGUGCCACUCCAAGGACCAGGAGCCGCUGUACUACUCCUUUGCCGACAUGGACGACGAGCUCGAUGACUCGGCUUCGGCUGGUCCCUCUUCUCAGCCAGCCGAGGCACCUGCUGCAGCGCCAGCACCAGCAGCACCGCCAGCGCAGCAAGCACCCGCUCCGGCACCGUCUUCGGGAGGCUCGGCAAGCGAAGUGCCCGACGUGCCCCUGUCGGCCGUCGACACUGUCCGUUGCAUCCUCGCCCAGAAGCUCAAGAAGCCGAUUGCAGACAUCACGCCGAGCAAGACGAUCAAGGAUCUCACUGGCGGUAAGUCGGUCAUGGCAAACGAAAUCCAGGCCGACUUGCUCGCCGAGUUUGGCAGCAUGCCCGAGCGCGCAGAGGAGCUGCCCGUCGAGGAACUCGGCUCGGCCCUCAACUCGGGCUACAGCGGCACCCUGGGCAAGUACACCAGCGGCCUCGUCACCCGCCUCGUGGGAGGCAAGCUUCCCGGUGGCUUCAACCUGGCUGCCGUCAAGGCCCAUCUCCAAAAGAGCUGGGGACUCGGUCCCGGCCGCUCUGAGGCUGUCCUCCUCGUCGCAUUGACACAGGAGCCAGCCAAGCGUCUCGGGUCCGAGGGCGAAGCAAAGGCCUGGCUCGACGGUGUCGUCACUGCGUAUGGUGCCCAGGCCGGCGUAGCCCUCAGCCAGGGUGGUGGGGGCGGCGCUGGUGGUGGUGGUGGUGGCGGUGGUGGCGGCGGCGGCGCCACGAUCAGCAGCGAAGAGCUCGAAAAGCUGCAGUCGCGCCACGACGAGCACGCCCGCCGCCAGAUCCAGAUCCUCGAACGCUACAUUGGCACCGACGGACGUGCCGCUGGUCGUCUGGCCCAGGCUACACGCGAGGAGGUCCAGGACCUGCGCAGCGAGCUCGAUGCAAUCUACAGCGAGCACUCCGAGGAGUACACGCGCAUGAUCAUGCCCCGCUUCGAUGCACGCAAGGCUCGCAACUUUGCCUCGUACUGGAACUGGUCCCGCCAGGAUGCCCUCAACAUGUACUGCGACAUCAUUGCCGGUCGCCUCACGGCCGUCGACCGAGAGGUGACGCGCAAGUCGCUGACGCUCAUGUCGCGCGCAGACGAGACGCUCCUCGAGCUCAUGAAGUACACCAUCGACAUGGUCGAUGCCGACGAAGGGCCCACCUAUGCGCUCGCAAAGGAGUUUGGCCAGAUGCUCAUUGAAAAUUGCAGAGAGGCCAUGUCGCAGCCGGCCACCUACAAGGAGGUCUAUGCGCCCACGGCUCCCCACACUUCUGUCGACGCCAAGGGCAACAUCGUCUACUCCGAAGUCAAGCGAGUCGGCGUGCGCAAGAUGGAGGCCUAUGUCAAGGAGAUGGCCGCAGGCACCCGCGUCGGGCCCCAGGUCGACAUUGACGCGGCAAAGGAGCAGAUGUCGCGCCUGUGGACGCUCAUCAAAAACGAGCCGUCGGUCUCGCGCUUCAACAAGAGCACCAUCAAGUCCAUCUACGGCGAGAUUUUCCGCAGUCUCGGUCCCGCGGCUUCGAGCAAGCAGGGCCGUCUCGGUGGACCCCGCCACCAGCGGACCCGCCGCCUGAGCUCCAACGCCCGAGCACCGAUGCUGUCGGAGCCAGUGGUGCCCCUCGAGUCGGACCGGCAGCCUUUUCUGCAGAUCAAGCGCAAGGUUGGCGGCGAGUUUACAAACAGCCAGAAGCUCACCGGCGUCUAUCUCUCCAUCCUCGACGACGUUUCGAAGAACGGCGUCACGUUCAAGGGCCAGAAUGUUCUCAUCACGGGCGCGGGUCGUGGAUCAAUCGCCCUGGAGGUCGCAAAGGGGCUCUUGGCCGGUGGUGCUCGCGUUGUCCUGACCACGAGCUCGUACAAUCGCAACCAAGUCUCCUUUUACCAGUCCAUCUACCAGUCCGUCGGUGCAAAGUCGUCGCAGCUCACCGUGGUGCCUUGGAACGCGGCGUCAAAGAAGGACACCGAGGCCCUCGUCAACUACAUCUACGACGACCUUGCGCUGGACCUGGACAGCAUCGCGCCCUUUGCCGCCAUUCCAGACGCCGGCAGCUUUGAGACGAUCAACGACAAGUCCGAGGCCGCUCAUCGUGCCAUGCUCACCAACCUGGUCCGCCUGCUGGGCCACAUCAAGGUGGCCAAGGAGACGAGGGGAUUCCGCACCCGCCCCACCGUCUGCCUCAACCCCAUGUCGCCGAACCGUGGGCAGAUGGGCGGCGGAGGACUCUACUCGGAGAGCAAAGUCGCCCUCGAGACGCUGGCCAACCGCUCGCUGAGCGAAGGCUGGUCCGAAUACAUUUCCAUCACUGGCUGCAUCAUUGGCUGGGUCCGCGGCACCGGCCUCAUGGACGGCAACAAUGCCACGGCCGAGGAGAUUGAAAAGAUGGGUGUGCGCACCUUUUCCACCGUCGAGAUGGGCUUCAACCUACUUGGCUGCCUCCAUCCCGUCAUGACGGCCACUGCCCAGGUUGAGCCCAUCGUGGCCGAUCUCUCGGGAGGAUUCACCCGCAUCACCGACCUGGCUGCCAAGAUGACGACGAUCCGCGCCAAGAUCUUUGACGAGUCCGCCCGUCGGCGCGCCAUUGCCAUGGAAAAUUCGGCCGACUUCAAGGUGGUCAAGGGCGCCGCGGCAGAGGCCCUCCAUCAGACGGUCAAGGUCGAGCCCAGGGCAAACUUCCGCUGGGACUUUCCCCAGCUCGGUCCCCAUGCCGACGCCGUCAAGCUGGCCAAGAACAGGCACGGCCUCCUGGCCGGCGACGAGGUGGACCUGGACAAGACCAUUGUCGUCACCGGCUUCGCCGAAGUGGGGCCAUGGGGCUCGUCGAGGACCCGCUGGGAGAUGGAGGCCUACGGCACCUUUACCAUCGAAGGAUGCAUCGAGAUGGCCUGGAUGAUGGGCAUGAUCCGCUUCGUAGAUGGCAAGCUCAAGAGUGGCAAGCCCUAUGUCGGCUGGGUCGACGCCAAGACCGAGGAGCCCGUCACUGACUCGCAGGUCAAGCAGCGCUACGAAAAGGACAUUCUCGACCACUCGGGCGUCCGCAUCGUCGAGCCGGAGCUCUUCCGCGGCUAUGACCCCAACAAGAAGCAGCUCGUUCAGGAGGUGGAGCUGCAACACGACCUCGAGCCCCUCGAUGUGUCGGCCGAGGAGGGCGUCAAGUACAAGCUCGAGCACGGCGAGAAGGUCGACGUCUGGGACAGCCCCAGCGGCGGCUCCCUCGUGCAGCUCAAGAAGGGCGCCAGAAUCCAUGUGCCAAUGGCCUACAAGUUCAGCAGGACUGUGGCGGGCCAGCUGCCCACGGGCUGGUUUGCUGGCCGGUUUGGUAUCCCCGAAGACCUGCAUCAGGUUGACCGCACCUCGCUGUGGGCCUUGGUCGCCGUCAGCGAGGCCCUGGCCAUGUCGGGCAUCACCGACCCCUACGAACUCUACAAGCACGCCCACGUCAGCGAGGUCGGCGUUUCGAUCGGCAGCGGCAUGGGUGGUCAGAUGGCCCUGGGUCAGAUGUUCAAGGACCGGCGCAUGAAUCUCGAUGUGCAAAAGGACAUCCUCCAGGAGACGUUCAUCAACACCGUCGCAGGAUGGUGCAACCUGCUGCUGAUGAGCUCAGCGGGCCCCAUUCUAUCGACUGUCGGCGCCUGUGCCACUGCAUUGCAGUCGCUCGACGUGGCGAAGGAGGCCAUCCUGGGCGGCAAGGCAAAAUUCAUGCUUGUUGGCGGCUCGGAUGAUUACUCGGAGGAAGGAGCGCUCGAAUUCGCCAACAUGGGCGCCACCAUUUCGAGCGAGCAGGAGGCCCUGGCCGGACGCGAGCCGUCGGAAAUGUCGAGACCGACGACGACGACUCGAGGCGGCUUCAUGGAAUCACAGGGCACAGCCGUGCAGGCUGUCUGCUCAGCCCGCUUCGCCCUCGAGGCCGGCCUGCCCAUCCAGGCCGUCAUCGCCCACAGCUCGACGCACACCGACAAGCAAGGCCGCUCAAUCCCGGCUCCUGGUCAUGGUGUCCUCUCGUCUGCCUCGACGCUCAAGGCGCGUCUGGACCAGUGGGGUCUUGAUGGCGACUCGAUUGGCGUCGUGAGCAUGCACGGCACGUCGACAAAGGCAAACGACAAGAACGAGUCGCACGUCUACCACAAGAUGUUUGAGCACCUUGGCCGCACGCGCUCCAACGCCUGCCCAACGAUUGCGCAGAAAUGGCUCUGCGGUCACGCCAAGGGCGGAGCAGCUGGCUGGGCACUCAAUGGACUGAUCCAGUCGAUUCAGAGCCACACCGUCCCCGGCAAUCGCAACGCUGACGACAUCAGCCCCGAACUACGCGAGUUCAGCUAUCUGUUGUAUGCCUCGCAGACCAUCAAGCGCCCAGCGCGCGACCUCAACGUUGGUCUCCUCACCUCGUUUGGCUUUGGGCAGGUGGGCGGCAUCGCCAUGGUUUUGCAUCCGUCUCACCUCUUUGCCCGUCUGAACGAGACCGACUACGAAUCGUACAAGGCCAAGCGUCAACUCCGCCAGGGUAGCACAUACGCCAGGAUGCACUCGGCCUUGACGCGAAACGACCUGGUGCGCAUCAAGGAUGCGCCACCUUACCCUGCUGAGCUUGAAGACAAGGUCCUGCUCAACGUCCGUGCCCGUGCAGUCGAAGAAAAUGGCACCUAUGUCUUCAAGGAACCGCUGUUCGAGGCGGCACUUCCUGCAGCUCCCGCCCUCUCCAAAGCACCAGAGGCCGUUAAGCAACAGGAGCAGCUGCAGGUUAUGAUGGCGAACCUGCCCAUUGCUGGUCUCGGCAUCGACGUGGAGAAGAUCUCGACGUUCCCCUCGGCAAAUGAAAACUUUGUCGACAAGAACUUCACCGAGGAGGAACAGGCCUACUGCCGCUCGCAGCCAGACCCACGCGCCUCGUUCUGCGGCCGCUUCUGCGCCAAAGAAGCCGUCUUCAAGUCGAUGGGCAUCAAGUCACAAGGCAUUGCUGCUUCGAUGAAGUCGAUUGAGAUUCGGCCUGACGAGAAUGGCGCGCCGAGCGUGCUGCUUGACGAGGUAGCAAGGAAGCUCGUCGGCACGGGCAGCUCCAAGUUCCUCGUCUCGAUCAGCCACAACGACGACCUAGCCGUUGCAAUUGUUCACCGCGUCUAGAUAGUCCGCAUCAAUUGGGGCAACCACAUGUAGAUACAGAAGCUGUAGACAAAACACUGUCUCUUUUUGAAAUCCGAU